UCAUGACUUCUAAUAUUGGCCAGCGCCACGUUGAUGCUCGCGGAUUCGGAUGUGAGGCAGGGGAUCUCGCAGGACCUGACAGGGAUUUUCAGAGCGCAGCUGCUGUGCCGAAUCGAAGAGAUCGUGCUGUUCAGGAUGCUGGCGAAGGAGGAUCUGAUGAGGAUGGUUGAGGUUAUGGUGAGGGAGCUGGCGGACAGGAUGAAGAAGUCGAAGUCGAUCGAAGUCGAGGUGACGGAUGAGCUGAAGAACAGGGUGAUAACAGUAGGUCGCGGUGCUAAGGAAUUGAAGUGGGCGUUCUCCCGGCUGGUGGAAGAUCCUUUGGCGGAUCGUUUCUUGAAAGACAAUCUCCAUUACCGUGGUGGAGUACGAUCCUUUUUACGAGUCUCUGUUUACGUCUCUUGCAUCUACAUUCAGGAAUCUGACUGGAGAAUUUGGUUGGGGCUGUUGGUCGAAACGAUCAUUUUUUCUGAGUCUUUGUUUAAGUCUCCUGCGUCUGCUUCAGGUUUCUGACUGGAUUUGUCGAUUGACGGAUCAAGCGAAUGAUAACGAAUCAAAUGACUAGGUUAACUGAGAUGCUAUCAUUCUUAGAGAAAGCUGCAGCCAGUUGUUAACAGUCUGAUGUACAGCGAUGAUCGACAAUUAUACGAAAACAAUUCCUAUGCGUCGCAAUUUUGAGAUCUUUUGGGCCAAUUUGAUCGUCAGUCACCAGCACAAAUAAGAUGACAAACAAUGAAAACAAAUGAUUUACUGAUAGCAACUAACUAUGAAUGCAGGUACAUCUGAAAGUAGGCUAGACCUUACAAUACAUGAGCAUGAAAAAA